GGUAGGUGGCGUUAUGAGUCUGUCGUCUCGCGUGACAUUACCUGCCAGACGGAAGAUUCAGCCAUUUCGAGUUGUGCGCUCUCUUGUAUUUGUAGCCUUUACGCACCGACCGUAAACCAUUUCCAUAUCGUACAUAUCUUAAGGAAUAUCGUUUGUAAAUCGCAGUCAAUAUAAAAGUGUCUCGUCAUUCUUUAGCCGUUUUUUGUAAUUGUCGUUAGAAAUCUGGCUGGGUGCGGUUGAGAAACGACAGCACGACGGAUUUAUAUGGAUAUUUAUUACGACCUUCACCGUUUUUAAACUCCAGAAAUUCUUCAAUCAAAAUGGGGAAAGCGUAUUUUAUGUUUCUUGUCUUACUAUCCGUGGAGGGUGUGUUUGGUGCUGAGGCAGAUCCACCGAAGACAAUUGAAUUGGCGGAGGGAGAUUCUGUCAAACUAGAAACUUGUGUUACCAAAAUACAGAGAGAUGAUGAGUUGGAGUGGAAGUUUGGACCUCACGUCAUUGCAACAAUCAAGGCCAAUAACGCCUUAUUAUACGACACUGAUGAUGCACUAUUCAAAGACAAACUACAUCUAGAUGAUCAGACUGGAGAUCUAACCAUCAAAAACACCAGAGUCAAACUCUCCGGGCGUUAUGAAGUGAAGAUCGUCAAUAUCACCCACACAAUACACAAGAGUUACAUUGUCACCGUCCUUGAUGCGAUCCCUAAGAAAGUGCCAGUAACGGAGGGCGAGUCUGCCAUUUUAAAGCAUGAUAUUGCCGAUAUCGAGAUUUAUGAUGUGAUCAUGUGGAUGUUUGAAGAUGAAGAGACUUCCAUAGCUCAAAUCAACAAAAAGACCACUAAAACCCCUUCAUAUGAUGAAACCGAUGACCGAUUCAGAGGCAGACUGGAUCUGAAUCAAACCGGAUAUCUGACCAUCACAAACACCAAAUCCACAGACGCUGGACUCUAUAAACUGAAGGUGACCGGUCAAAACAAAGCAGCUAAAUACAGGAAGUACCGCGUCACUGUCAGUGAAACGGGUAUGCCCACAGGUGUUAUAGUGGGCAUAUGUGUGGGGGUUGCUGCUUUAUUCGUGUUGGUGGUCGGGAUUUGGUAUCGCAAACAAAGACAACAAGGUUCCUCCUAUUAACUUCAUCAGAUACUAACAAUGAGGAUGAUCUAAACUUGUACAAGAAUGAAGGGAAUGGCAUACAGGAUCCAUUGUAGUUCAGAGCCUCUGACAAUAUACACGAGCUGCGGAUAAUGAGUCGCCGACGACUACUUUGGCAUAAACCGAGGGACAUGCUUGUGUGUUGUUCAUUUGCUGGAACGGUUUGCACUACAUGUUGAUUUUAGGUUACAAAUGCAUAUCAUUUACCUGUUUUCAGUACAUAUAUAUAAUCAUGUUGGCUGGUGGGAGUGUUCACGGCUGCUUUAAAGGUUUUUGGUGGAUGUUUAGGUCAAAUGGCAUCGACUGCAGAUUUACUUUUUGUUAAAAAGAUUGUUUUCCUUAGUGCGAAAUGUGAUGGAUGCUUUUUUCAUGUGCAGGAUGAGCCUGUUUUUUUGGUAUUAAUAUGCACUUACAAUAUAGUCAUAGUCUUGUUUAUUUUCCAUAGAGUUCUGGAAACUGUGUGCCUCAUUUUUGCUCUAGAAGUAUGUUUUACUGUCACUCUAUUCUAUUUAAAUUAGGAUAGUUUUGGUGAACACUGAUACGGAUGUUGAAUGUUUUCAGUUAUGUGUGCCACUGCCGACAUAAGUAUUUUUUCUUUUAAUGUAAAAUUUUAAGUUUUAUUGAAAUCAUUGAGGAUUCGUAAGUAAUAUGAAUGUCAAGUUACAGCACUUAUUGCAAAGCCAUUGAAUCACUUGAAUUGAUUUGAGUUGUAGCCAAAAAAGGGUGUUCUACAAACUCUGCUAUAGGCUGUAAUUGAAAAUUAUGAUGCCUUUUUGUUGUAUUUUGGGAAAUAUUUAGAAUAAAAAAAAGAAAAUGUAUACUGUGCCACUACAACUAAUUUAAUCACACACACAAAAACAUGACACUUUAUCUUAAAGCUCACUUCUACAGCAUCUAUGUAUAUGAUGGGCUACAUAUAAAUGUAUGGAGUUUUGUUGUAA